CUUGUACCUGAAAGAAACUAGAUACACAUACAUACAUGAAUAUAAUACCCAACCAAUGUUUAUCAUUUUGAUAACGUAACAGUUUUCAAAGAUUGGUGUUAUGUAUAUUUUGUUGCUUACAAAAACAAAAACUAAUAUUGCAUAAAAUGAAUAUAAAUAAAAUAUUAUACAAUUGUAGGAUGUUUAUUCUCAAAUUAACGCGAAUAUUAAAAGUAUUGUUAAAAUUAUAUACGAAAUAUUUUAUUGAAAUCAAACAUAAAAAUAAUGUAAAUAUAUUAUAUCACAGCGAAAAUUUCUUGGUGGUUUCUAAACCAUACGACAUGUGCAUUAAUAGUAAUAAUCGUGAAAAAAAGGAUACACUGCAAUUUGAAUUAAAAAAAAUUUUACCAAAAUUAGUCAAUCCAAAUUUAUUUCAUGAAUUUCAUUUUGUACAUAGAUUAGAUUAUGUGACAAGUGGUGUGAUAUGUAUUGCAUUAAAUAAAAAAGCAGCUCGAGCUGCUUCUAAUGUAUUCGAAGCAAGAACAGCCAAAAAAUUUUAUCUGGCAUUACUUCAUGGACAUAUUAAUGAACCUUACCUAAUCAUAGAUAAAGCAAUUGGGAUUGAUGCUAGAGAAAAGAAGGGAAACCAUAAAAUGUGUACCAGUGAUAACUUAUUUUGUGAGAAACCAAAAGAAUCAUAUACAAUUCUUAUAGUAUUAGAAAGAGGUUUCAGAAAUGGAAAGCCAGCUACUAAAGUACUAUUAUGUCCUGGUACAGGUAGAAGACAUCAAUUAAGAGUGCAUUGUUCAUAUAUUGGUCAUACUGUGAUUGGAGAUUAUACAUAUAGUGAGAGAAAAGAUAUAGAGCCUUAUCGAACAUUUUUACAUUCCUUCAGACUUAUAUUGAACAAUGAAAUGGAAAAUUUAGAUGUAAGAAGUACAGAUCCAUUUGUAGCUUCUGAUCCAAGAAAUCAAUGGUCACCAACAAAUAUUGCUAGGAUAUUAGAUGAAGAUAUAUUUUAUGAUAUUUAUAAUCUUUUGCAAUCAAAUAAACAUUAAACUUUUAUUUCAA